CUCGAUAAAGCGAAAGGGCAGAAUCAGUUUUGUAAUGCUCUACGUAGUUCAAAGAAAAAGAAGCAGGGCUCACUUUGCACUUGUGCCUGCAACUGUGGCAUUAGAGGUCGGUCGUCUUUCAUAGCGAAGCUCGUCGAAAAAUUUCUCGAGUAAGUGGUCCAAAUGGACGAACCUAUCCCUAGAUCCGUUUUCAUUUGGUUGAAACUCUUUAUGUUCUUUUUGUAGAUCGUGAUAAGUACCUUAUCUUUCAACCUUUGUGAAGAUCAUGCCGGCCAUGGGGCUGAAUGAAUCCGAGCGGCGGAAAGAUGGGAAGGCGGAAAUAGCUCGAAAGAUAGCUGCGGCCCGUAAUAGCGAGGGAUCCAACGACGGGGCGUCGCCGGUGUCUCCGUCAGCCGUCCUUCUUUCGAAGUUCGGUGUUUUUGUUGCGUGCCUUGUCGUCAUCGUGGCCGCCACGAGCUCAUGGCUCACUCUACAGUUUUCGGACCGAGGCGUCACACCAGCAAACAAAGCGAAGCACGAUAUACCCGUUCUCGCCAAGGGAGUGCACGCUGGUUUUUCUAGUGGUAGUACACCCAUGAGACACUUCUUAUUUUUUGUGAAUCAGGAUUCAUAAGCAAUUUUUUUACUUUAUACUUUUGUUGAGAACAACAACAAACACUGAUCCUCCUCGUGGAGAACGUCACUUAAGGCUUAUUGCUUGUGAUAUUGAUCUUUAUGUGCAGUAUCUAACUGUAAUCAAGAGAUUUGUUAUCCGUUAGUACCUCGUAAUAUAAUUCCCUUCGUCAUCCUAUUUAUGGAUUUUUUUUUGCACUAGAAGCGAAACGUAGUACGCAAUGGAUGCCGAGUAUCCCGAGCGUUUUACAGCCGGUCUUGCGCAUCGGCGCGUUAGCGGGAAUUAACGAGGUCAAGGGGUGUUACGAGCGCGCGUAUGAUAAGCCGUUUGCGAACUAUUGGAACGUGAACUCCUCGACAUUAAGCCACAGCCGAUUAUGGCCAUUGUUUCUCAAGCUCAGCAAUACGCGACGUCGUGCUGACGACGACGUAUCAUCCCACGUAAGUAAGUUCUUACUUGGAGCUGAUAUGUAAAUUUAGGAUCGCGAGCACGAUGAGGGGGCCACAUUGGAAUUGAGUAGUUAAGAGAAGGAACUAGAGUCCUUUUUUGUCUAACGUAAUCGCGGCAGGAAGAUUCAUCCGACGAGUACGAUUCUGACGGGGACGACGCUCCAUUGGACAGCUCUGAAGCUGGAAAAAAAAAAGCCGACACUGGUACGUCCAGCUCUUCGGCAACGAAGCUCUUCGCGCAUAACAGCGUAGGGAGUGAAGAUGGUUGGCAGCGAACGCAUGAGACGCUAAGGCUACUGGAGAAAUGAUUCUUGAGAAUGCAGUCUACAAACUCAUCUCGUUCGUGUUUAGGUGUGUACGAAGUGCCAUGUUUACUUUCAGACAGCAUAGGAUCAUAUGGCUAGUUCUUGUAGAUGUAACGACCUAAUACUAGCAGGGUGAAACGACAUGGCUCUUCUUCUUCUUCUUCUUCUUCUUCUUCUUCUUCUCCUUCUUCUUCUUCUUCUUCUUCUUCUUCUUCUUCUUCUUCUUCUUCUUCUUCUUCUUCUUCUUCUUCUUCUUCUUCUUCUUCUUCUUCUUCUUCUUCUUCUUCUUCUUCUUCUUCUUCUUCUUCUUCUUCUAAUUUGUGCGUUCAGUACAUUGUACUUGAUCGGACGACGCGCCAACGAUAUUUUGGUGCCGCCCAAUCAUCCGGAUGCCAAAGCGUGGCCCACGAGAGUUAACGUCGCCAACUAUUUUCGAUUCAUCCCUGUACUAGUGCGAGCGCUAGCGGCGUUUUUAGAUCAGAAGUGCGCAACUGCUGCGAAACAUAGGAAUAAAACUGUGGCUGGUGACUACGACGACCCUUGGCAGGAGAGAGUCUGCCGGCUUAACAUGGAGAGCGGGUUAGCGAGUUCGAAAUUCACUCCUUCCACCGAGGACACACCGGCGCAAAUGCUGUCAAUGCGCGAGAGGUUAGCAAAAUUUACUACAGAGACAGCGUUGUUAUUCGGCGAAGCGGCUGAGUUCGCUGAACUACACAUGGUCGAACCUGAAACAGCGAUACGAUUCUACACCUCCGAAAUCGUCCCCUGGUCGUCGCCACAGGAACCAUCGAGCGCAAAAGUACUGUGCCUCUCUUACUUUGUGUAUGCUCUGUUAAAGCUAAACUAGAUUCCGUUAUCGUACCAUACAUUCAAAUAGAAAUACAUUUUGAAAGGGUCGCUUUUCAACAACAAGCAACAGGUGUCCGCCUCAAGCGAUUCUGCGAAGAUUUAUUCUGAUGAAGCGGUAGGCGAGGUGUGGCCGAAGUAUGCAAUUCAGAUCUUACAUGCUGUUCGCGUUGCGGGAUUUGGUGAGUGGAAGGGGACGGAGCACUUUUUCAAUGACAAGAACGGUUUUCGACAAGCAAUGUGGAACUUCAUUCACAGCUUCGCGGCGUGGGGUGGGUAUCGGUACUCUUCCGGAAAGGCUAAUAAAUCGCAGUUUAGUGCCAUGUUCCCGUCACCACAGGGGCUAUUGAACUUCCUCGAUCAUUACGUCGAAUUCAUGCAUCCGUGUCCGAUAUGCCGCACGCGCUGGCGCGAGGAUGGCCCGGCCUUAUUCGGGACCAUUAAGUCCUUUGACGACUUGCGACUCGGCGCAUGGGUCCACCACAAUGAUGUGAAUCUUAGAAUACAGAAGGGAAUGUCAAACGCAAUCGAAGCCGAAGACGAAAGUACUACUUAUAGAUAUUCACUUGGAAUUGGGAGGCGGGGCCGCGUUAAGGGGAUGCUUCCUGCAGCCUCCUAGCUGUUCCGCAGCUUGUCCGUAGCUGUUCCGCAGGGUGCUCCUGGGGGGCUCGCAUGAGCGCGGGCAAGGCUCAGCGCACAACGCUCCUGCGCUGCUCCUGGCUGUUCCGUAGCUUGUUCCGCAGCUGUUCCGCGGAGUCUUCCGCAGAGUGUUCCGCAGCUGUCCCGCGGCUGCUCCGCAGAGGGUUCCGCGACUGUUCCGCAGAGUGCUCCGCGGUUGUUCCCUGGUGCGUUCUGCAGAGUAUUCGGCCACGGGGUGGCGGUUUUGCCCACAAUUGCAGGGGGAGCGUCUCUGCAGAGGAGAGGGGCGUGCUCUGGAGGCGCAGGGCAUAGACGUGCCGCCGAGAAUGAAUGCGGCGGCGGGUGUCGCUGUCGCACGCCGCUUGGUGUCUCGCCUGGGUGGAUACAGGAGGUCACUGCCGCGCCGCCGUACUUCCCCCUCCUCUCCCGCCGGCACCUCAACCUCUGCCCUCUCUCUCUCCAACCGUCUCCCGCCCUCUCCCUGCCUCCCCUUCCAUCUCCUCUUCCCUCGUUCUCUCUGCUCCCCUUCCCUUCGCUUCUCUCCUCCUCUCCCUCCAGAAAUAGCCUCCAGCAGCGCGCGCAGCGCGACGCCCGUAGUACUUACUUAUUAAUUUGGAAUGGGUUUAUUAGAAGUCCUAGCACAUGCGGCAUCAAAAACAUUUUCGGAUGACACAUCUUUUGAUUAGAAAAUGAAAGUAGCAGCCAGACAGCCUAUUAGUAUGGUCAUUGUAAAUUUUUGAGCUUAUGACAUCAACAACGUGCAUCCAUCAACAUGAUCAACAUGUACUUGUAUUUACCUAUGUAAAUGUCGCGGGAUACUCCCGACGAACACGGUGUAUGAUGGACGCGUCUUGCUCUUACGCCACACAGUUGAGACUCUCUUGUGACAGUUUCUUUCACGUACAGGUGUUCCGGGAGUCAUGGAAGUACGUGCGCUAUUUGCAUCCGACAAACGGUGGCCGAGUUGUGAUAUGUGCCCCUCGUGCUGGAAGAACGGAGUGUGCCGUGAACCACUGUUGUCAAAAGCGCCCACUUCAGAUCCAGACGAUGCUACGCCAACGGCGAAAGCUGACAAAAUCGACGGUAACGCUUUUCGCCAAGUUUUCGACCAGCAUCAAGUUUUGAGCUUCCUCGAAUCUACCUACAAGUGA